AUGGGAAUUUGCCAGGCGAAGGUGAUCGCAAACCCAAAGGCGAAAUGCGAGGAGGACAAUACCGAUUCACAAACAAGAAAUCCCACUCCCAAUUUGCCGUUCUUCACUCCGAGUCCUCUGUCGAGCGUCUUCAAGAACUCGCCGUCAGUGGGUACAAAGCGCCGUUCGCGUUCCCGUUCCCGGCCGUUUCCGCCGCCGUCACCGGCAAAGCACAUCAAGGAACUGCUGGCUCGACGCCAUGGGUCCGGUAAGCCGAAUCAAGUGGCGAUUCCAGAAAACGAGGAGGGGGAGGGGGAGGUAGUGGAGGUGAAUAGAGAAUUUGGAUAUUCGAAGCAAUUUGUGGGGAAUUAUGAGAUUGGCGAAGAAGUAGGGCGCGGCCAUUUUGGGUUCACUUGCAAAGCUAAAGCCAAGAAGGGAAGUCUCAAGGGUCGGAAUGUUGCCGUGAAGAUCAUCGCUAAAGCCAAGAUGACAACAACGAUAGCGGUCGAAGAUGUGAAAAGAGAAGUUAAAAUAUUGCAGGCUUUGAAUGGACACAAGAACUUAGUGCAGUUCCAUGGAGCGUUUGAAGACGAUAUUAAUGUUUACAUAAUAAUGGAGUUAUGCGAAGGAGGCGAACUACUCGAUCGGAUGCUUUUGAGAGGUGGAAUGUACUCAGAAGAAGAUGCUAAGACGGUCUUAGUUCAGGUUUUAAGCGCGAUCGCCUUCUGUCAUCUCCAAGGCAUCGUCCACCGUGAUCUCAAGCCAGAGAAUUUUCUUUUCACAACAAAGGAGGAAGAUUCAACACUAAAGGUUAUUGAUUUCGGACUCUCAGAUUAUGUAAAUCCAGAUGAGAAACUGAAUGAUAUAGUUGGCAGUGCAUAUUAUGUAGCUCCUGAAGUCCUGCAGAGAUCAUACGGGACCGAAGCGGACAUGUGGAGUAUCGGUGUUAUUGCGUAUAUUCUUUUAUGUGGAAGCAGACCUUUCUGGGACAGGACCGAAUCUGGUAUAUUUCGAACCGUGUUAAGGGAAGAUCCAAGCUUUGACGAUGAACCUUGGCCAUCUUUAUCUCCUGAUGCAAAAGACUUUGUCCAAAGAUUACUGCAUAAAGACCAACAUAAAAGACUAACUGCUGCUCAGGCUUUGUGUCAUCCUUGGUUGACAAAUCAUCCUAAUGUCAAGAUUCCAUUGGAUAUGAUAGUUUAUAAGCUCGUUAGAGCGUAUAUCUACUCAUCAUCUUUGCGUAAAUUAGCAUUAAAUGCUCUUGCAAAGACAUUAUCCUUCGUGCAGCUUGCUUAUCUUCGAGAACAAUUUGAUCUCUUAGGUCCGAACAAAAACGGGUUCAUUUCUUUGCAGAACUUUAAGAUGGCUUUGAUGAAAGCUUCAACUGAUGCAAUGAACGAUUCAGGGGUGAUAGAAUAUGUCGACAUGGUGAGUUCCUCACAAUAUAGAAGGUUAGAUUUUGAAGAAUUUUGUGCAGCUGCCAUAAGCGUGCAUCAGUUAAAAGGCAUGGACAGUUGGGAGCAACAUGCAAGAUAUGCUUAUGAUCUAUUUGAAGAGUAUGGAAACAGAACAAUUAUGAUAGAGGAACUUGCCUCAGAACUAGGAUUGGCACCAUCUGUCCCACUUCAAGUAGUUCUUCAAGAAUGGAUAAGACCCUCAGAUGGCAAACUUAGUUUUAUGGGAUUCAUUAAACUUUUGAAUGGAGUCCCCCCAAGUACAAACAAGAAGACUUGACAUUGAUUCAGACUUUAAACGAAGAAGAUGUUCUGCCAAUACUCCUUGCCAAAGUGGUCAAGGAGUUGAUACGAAACCUGACUCACAACAUCGAGAACUUCUGCUUUUAAUAUAUACUGCACACGCAAAUAGUGAGAGACAACAAAAUGUUUUCUUUCAUAUUCAAACAAUUCUCUCUUUUUUGGUUAGUUCGAAUUAAGAUUAUAGAGACUUUUGUGUAGCAUGUCAGAUUGAAGUAACUUAAAAUCUAUUUAAGCUUUGACUGAAGUCUUUGAUGUUCAAAGAUUUCCUUUUGUUGGCUAUGGAAUGCUCUGUAACUUAAUUUAAUAUAGUAAUUUUUAUGGACAA